CCAGACUUUAGUCUCAUCUUAAACACAAACUCUGACGGAUCGCUAUCAAUUUUAUUUACACUAAAAGUUCUGCAUGCACAAUAAACAUUAAAAUGAUUUUAAUAUUGACAUUGGUUAUACUUUGUUUAACAAGUGGUAUCGUAAAUGCUAUACCACAAUGUUCAGUGAAUUUUGUGAAUAAAGAAGAAUUUAUAUGUAGAAAUGUGCAGUAUAUGAAAGAUUUACGGGGAAUGGAACAAAGAGAUUGGAAACACCUGAAAAUUAUAAAUGAAAAAGACACGCAAUUCGAAUGGGAUGUUUUCCCUGAUGAUUUGGAAAAUCUAGAACAUUUGGAUAUUUCUCAAGCUGGUGCGUUGAGUUUAACAGAAGCAGGAUUUGAAAAGCUAUUAAAUUUAAAAGUCUUAAAUAUAUCUCAUUGCGAAUUGGAAUCUAUAGAGGAAACAUUUUUUCCUGAUAACAAUAGAUUGGAAAAUCUAGAUAUGAGUUGGAAUUUUUUGAAAACAUUAAAGGCGCAAUUGCACAGAAAAUUUCAACAAUUAGAAGUUGCCAACUUUUCUCACAAUCAAAUUCAGUUAUUUGCUGCUGAUGGUCUAAAUACAAAAUUAAGAAUUCUUCAUUUGGAUUUUAAUGAGCUAAAGAGUAUUGUUCUAAAUAACUAUGAGAAAUUAGAAAUAUUAACAAUUAGUGACAAUUUAAUUGAAAGGUUGACUUCAAACUCCUUUAAACAGUUAAAAGCCAUGGACGAAUUAAUCAUAACCUCCAAUUACCUCAAGCACAUUGAUGAUCGCACAUUUGAAAGUAUGACGGAAUUGAAAAAUUUAAAUCUUUCUGCCAAUAGUUUGGAAAAAUUAUCACCCGAAAUAUUUACAGGUCUCAAUCGCUUGAUACAAUUGGAUUUGAAUUCAAAUGAUCUUCGAGAAUUGCAACCUUUACAGUUUCAACAUUUGAUUAAGUUACAAUAUUUAGAUCUAAGCCGUAAUGCUAUAAAAUCCCUGGACUCAAAUAAUUUCAAUAAUCUUGUUAAUUUACGCAAAUUGUAUUUGUAUGAAAAUGAUAUGGAAGAAAUUAAAGCCAAUACUUUUGCUAAUUUAGUAGCAUUAGAUACUUUGGAUUUAUCAUAUAAUUCAAUAGAACACAUAGAUCCAGCAGCCUUUGGUUCCCAUACUUUACCUCGUUUGCGUAAACUUCUACUUAAAUCAAAUAGUUUGAAAACUCUACAGCCAUUAACAUUUGCGUCACUACCCUUUCUGCAAUAUCUUUCCUUGGGUCUCAAUCAAUUGUCCACAUUAGAUGUGCGCAUGUUUGCUCCCAUGAGACGUUUGGAGAAACUACAUUUGGGUAAUAAUCUAUUACAAACUAUACCUUCUGAUGUUUUGGAAUCUCUAACUGAUGUCACGGAAUUACUUUUGGAUAACAAUCGUUUAUCAUUUCUAUCCGAUUCAAAAGCUACAUUUUUAAAACUGGAAAAAGUUUCUUUAGAGGGAAAUCCCUGGCAAUGUCCCUGUUGGGAAGAAAUGACUCAAUGGCUGGAUGAUCGUAAUGUAUCAUACAUUCGAUCACAUAGUCCAUAUUUUAAAGGCCAGAAGCCCUUAUGUGUGGUAACUCCAGUUGAUUUUUGUGUUAAAGAUUUGCGUUUAGUGAAAGAACAUAAAAUUGAAGAAAUAUAUAAUAGUGGCUAAGAUUCUGUUUUUCUAUAAAUAUGAAUUAAUAGUUUUAAAAAUGUUUAUAAUUUUAAGAUUUUUAUAGAAUAAAAAAAAAACAUAUUUUUAUAAUAAAUUAUAUUUUAUAACCGAUAAAUUUUUUAAAUAUA